CAUGACAUUGGCGACUCCCAACUGCGAAUCAAGCUGACAUAUAUCACAGCAUGUCGACGAUGAAGGAGUUUACAACCGGCAAAGCCGUGCGACUGGCAGCACGCAGUAAAAGGUUGACGGACCAAACAUCAGGACUCGCGCCGUCAUACAUCCAAGCAAACCUGCUCGUGCUGCCCCAACGCUACGCAGACGACUUUCGCCUCCUCUGCGCGCGGAACCCCGUUCCAUGUCCACUUCUGGCAGAGUCGGUCGCGCCGGGCAACUACAGGAAUCUCAAAUCCCACAUGGUCGGGACGACGGGGACCAAGCUCCAGGUCGCCGAGGACGUGGACCUCAGGCACGACUUUCCAGCCUACAGGGUCUACAGGGACGGAGCACUCAGCGCAGGCGGGGACGGAGAAGCGGGCAAGAAAACAGACACCGAGGCCGAGUGGACGGCCGAGCACGUCGGGUUCCUGAUCGGCUGCUCAUUUUCGUUCGAGGCGGCGCUGGCGGCCGCGGGCCUCGCGCCGCGCCACACCCUGCAGCGUCGCAACGUGCCCAUGUACCGCACGACGGUGCUGCUCUGCAGCGCGGGCGCCUUUGCUGGCGCGACCAUGGUGGUGUCGAUGCGGCCGUACCGUGCGGCUUCGGAACUGCCGCGCGUCCGCGACGUCACGCGGCGGUUCGGCGCGACGCACGGCGAGCCCGUGGCCUGGGGGUGGGACGGCGCCAGGGCGUUGGGGAUCCGGGAUGUGGCGGAGCCCGAGUUUGGCGACGCGCCGCUGCGGGGCGACGGGAGCGGGGAGCGGUUUGGGCCCGGGGAGGGAGGGGAGGAGGACGGCUACGUGCCGGUGUUUUGGGGCUGCGGCGUCACGCCCCAGGAGGCGGUGCGGCAGGCCCGGUUGGAGGGGACCGUCAUGGCGCACUCCCCCGGGUGCAUGAUCGUGUUGGAUCUAAUGGAUCAUGAGGUGUUUGCGGGGGUUGGGUCUGUAUGA